AUGGUAAAUGAGACUUUUCUUUUGCACGUCUCUAAAGUUUGGUCUUUUUCUUUCUGCUCCAGUAAGCAACAAUCCGAUGCGGAUACACGAUCUCCUUUACCAAUCGAUCUUUAUCUUCUUCAAGAAUUCCAAGCGAUGGACAAAGACAAUAAAGGUCGUUUGAACCUCAGGCAGUUCACCAAUUUACUGCUGUAUCUCGGGUUCUAUCAACCAGCCGACAAAAUUCGGGUAAGUGAUAUUAACAUAUUCUCACAAUUUUUAAAACUGUUUGGUCAUGCUUGCUUGCUCGCAUUUUUUUAUUCCUUUUCUCUUAUUUCUAUCUAUCUAAUUUUGCUCAUAUCUAUCUAUCUAUCUAUCUAUCUAUCUAUCUAUCUAUCUAUCUAUCUAUCUAUCUAUCUAUCUAAUUUUGCUCAUAUCUAUCUAUCUAUCUAUCUAUCUAUCUAUCUAUCUACUUUUUUUUUUUUUUUUUUGUUAGAUAAAAAUAUCUUUUAUGCCGCUCGCCUCUGA